AUGAGUGACCCAAAUCCUGAGAGUAAUAUUCCACAGUCUUCUCAAAGGUGUGCUGUUAGGCCGAGAAGGCCUCGGAUUCUGCUCGGUGCUUGCGGGUGCACUGAUGCUGCAAAAUUUGCGCUUCUUUGUCAUUUUUUUAGGAGAUGGGCAAGCAUAGAAGUUGUUAUGACACGAGCCUCGAUACCUUUUAUUGAAGUUUCACAAACUCCCCGUCCAGUUUAUUUUAAUCCUAGGAAAACUGCUUCUCAUCAUCUGGAAUGGGCUGAUGUCUUUGUCAUUGCUCCAUUGUCUGCAAAUACCCUUGCCAAGAUUGCGCAAGGGAUAUGUGACAAUUCUUUGACCGAAGUUGUGCGAGGUUGGGACCCUAACAAGCCAUUUUACGUUGCACCUGCCAUAGAUCCUGUUACGUGGAAUAAUCCUUUGACAAGACAAUAUCGCAAAAGAUGCGAUGAACUUGGCAUUAAUAUCAUCGAUCCCUCUCCACGGGGUGAAAUGGCUGACCCUACUGAAAUUUCUUACAUUGUCAAAAUCUCUAAUGAAGAGAUUUGGGACUAA